AUGGAAUCACCACCCAAGAGAAUGACGCGUGCGCGCGCCGCGGCCAAGGCCAGCGAGCCCACCGUUAAGACGACCAAGAUCAUCACAGCCGCUGCGCGGGCAAAGAGCACAGCAACGGCCGGCACAAAAAGCACCGCCGCUAAGAGGAAAACAAGGGCAGAUGAGCACGAAGAUGAUGAACAAGAAGCCCAACGCGAAGUCCCCGCACCGAGGCGGCCGCGAGGCCGACCGAAGAAGGUGGAGGACCCUGCAGAAGCUGAGGCGCCCGCAAAGCCCACGCGUGCCCGAGUCACAAAGCAGGCCGCCACAGCAGCUCCUCCUAAGGAUGAUCCCGCACCAGUCAAAGCAACGCGAGGACGGCCUAGGAAAGCGGCCGCAGCCUCAACCGAGGAGCAGGCCGCUGAACCAGCCAAGAAGACAACCACCAGAGUCCGAACCACUGCAACAUCAAGACCAACCGCGGCAGCGAAGCCCGUGGUAAAGAAGAGUGUCAAGUUCCAGGAACCCGACAAGGAGAACAUCCAGCCAGCCAUCGAAGCCAAGGAGCCCGUUCGUGGCGGGCUCCGUGGCCGACCAGCCAAGCGCGGUGCGGCCGGCGGCACCCGAACCACCAGAGCCGCGGUAAGAACCGCCACGACAGACCAAAAGCCCCUGAGCCCUAAGAAGAUGACCCAGAUGCCCGUUUCCAAGGACGACUCCGAAGAUGAGCUUGCAGGCGAACCGACCCCUGUCAAGCCAUUGAUGAGAAACCCUAUCAAACCACCAACCAACACCAUCAACAAGAGCCAACCAGCAUUGUCUGAGGAGCAAACCGAACCGACUAUCGAUGCCGACACCGUGCUGAACCCUCCAGACCUGGGCACAUCAGUCCUGGCCUCUCCUGCGAGGAGGAUGGUCUCCUCCUCAUUCAAGGACACCAUGAGAUCCCCCGCUCGACGAAUUGGCCCCGUGCCACUACCAGGCUCUGCCUUGAAACCAGUCGGGGGCCUCACUGGACAGACUGGAAACGCCUCUCCAUUCAAGGCAUCCCUUCUGCAGUCGGCUGCCAAGCGACCACCGUCUCCCAUCAAGAGCCUAAGCUUCGGAAACCCUCCGAACUCUCAACAACCCCAGUCAGCGAUGAAGGCCUCGCUACUUCAAUCACCCGCAAAGCGAUCCUUUCCCGGCAUGGUGCCUCUCACCGAGCCUCGACAACGGGAUGAGACUGCUCUGGGCACUUCCCCAGCUAUGAAGCCUCUCGUAUUGUCGGGCCUCACCCCCGCCAAUCUGAAUCGGCCUUCAGCCAAGCUCAUGAUGGAGGAUCAGCCUGGAGAGAAUGUGAAUGAUCUCGAAGAUGACCCCUUCACGGAGCCCAUGGAGAGCUUACAGUUCCCCGGUCGACUGUCUGCUGUCCUACCCCGCCAUGCGGACCCAGUUUUGAAGAAGGACAUGGGUAUUGUUGAUGAGCCUGAAAUACAGUUGGAUGAAGCUCCCGAUGCUGUGGAUAUGGUCGAGGAUGCACACGUCGAUGUUGCAGAAGUUGAAGAGCCCAUUGAAGAGAUUGCUGAGCUUGUUCACGAUGCCGAUGACGAGAUGGCCGUUGAUGAAUUGGCCGCUGAAGAGGAGGAGGCUGAGGAGCCCGCAUCUGCUAGCUCUAGCCCAUCUCAAUCCCCCGUUCAGGCUGAGAACCCUGUUUUCCAGCUUAGGGAGAAGGACUUGGAUCCAUAUGAUAGUCUGGACUCGGAAUCCGAAGACGAUAUGGAGCUCCGCGUCAAGGCAGUCCCGACUACCCCCACUCCUUUCGCCCACAAGACCCCCAAGACCCAGGGAACUGGUCGAAGCCAAGCCAAGGCAUCUCGACAGUCCCUCGGAGGUUUCACCGCUCUGGCCGAGCGAUUUGGUUCCUGGUCCGCCGCAAGCCCCAUCAAGAUGGCUCCCCUGGCUUCUGCUGAGGCGGCAGAGCCAGUUUCUACACAGUCAUCUACCCCGGCUUCUCACCACUUCUUUGAGGAUGAGAUGUCCGUCCGCCCUGAUCUCAACACAGAGGCUCUGCUUGAGAGCCAAGCAGCUGAGGUAGAGGAGCCUUCUUUCGAUGAUAUCAUGGUCACUGAGGAGGAUGUCGCUCUGGCCCAUGAGGCCAAUGAGAUGUCCCUGUUGGAGCCUGAAAUCCUUGAAGAGGUUGCCAACACGGAUACCUUUGACGACACCCUCUCCGAGGCAAGCCAGGAGUACGGGGAUGAAAACCAGUUUCCUGUGGAUCCCGCCAUUGUCAACUCACACUCCGCCGUCCUCAUGACCCCUGUUCGUCCAGUUAUGAAGGCCUUCAACACGACCACCAAGGUUCCGCUAAAGCCUGCGGAUGACUCUACCCCCAGCCCUCUCAAGAAGCGCUGCUUCACUGCGUCUCGCAUUGCUCCCAAGCGUCCUACUGGAUCCAACCGGAGUGCCAGCGUCAUUUCGUACUCUCCCAUGAAGGAGAGCAAGAGUCUUCCGGUCACCAAUGUCGAGCUUGCUCCUGCCACGCCUGGUCCCGUCACCCCGUCCAAGUCUGACCUCUGGUCAUCGAUUGGUACGCCUGCGCGUACUCCUCGACGGGAUGUCGACCCUGCCUUGCUUCGCGGUGCCGUCGUGUUCGUGGACGUGCACACUAGUGAGGGCGCAGACGCCAGCAGCAUUUUCGUGGAGCUCCUCACUCAGAUGGGAGCCAAGUGCAUGAAGACGUGGACCUGGAGCCCCAGUGGCUCUGGUGAGGUGUCAUCCAGUAAGGUUGGAAUCACGCACGUCGUCUUCAAGGAUGGCGGUAAGCGGACCCUAGAGAAGGUCCGCCAAACCAACGGCGUCGUCCAGUGUGUCGGCGUCAGCUGGGUGCUUGACUGUGAGAGAGAGAAUGAGUGGCUCGAGGAAGCCCCCUUCUACAUCGACACCAAGGUCGUCCCUCGUGGCGGUGCUCGCCGUCGCAAGAGCAUGGAGCCUAAGGCUCUGGCCAACAUGAACGGCACACUUGUCAGCAGCCCUGUCAAGGGUUCUCGGACUCCCAGCACUCCCAUCACUUCCAAGAACCGACGUGAGAGCGCCACUUGGAUGUACACACCCUCUGAGCAGGCCGAUGACGACCUGGAUGAGGAGGAGGACCACGAUUGGUCCAAUUUGAUGCUCACUCCCGUCCCCAAGACUCCUGCCCCGGAUGCGGUUGCUCGUUAUGCGGCUAACCUUGAGCCCGGGACGCCCUCGGAUGAUGAGGAAGAUGACGAUCUGGACUACUCUCCUACUAAGGAGAACCUGCUUAUGCGGACAUGCCCACCUAAGCAAAACCCCUUCCGCGAGAUGGGCGCGGGUAUCCUGAGCAAGGAUAAGGAUGAGCAGGUGCUCAUGAGGCUUAUGGCCGCCCGCCGCAAGAGCCUGCAGUUUGCCCCCAAGAUUGGCAGUCCGCUGGCUCGGGCUUGGCAGUAG